AUGUUCUCCAAGAUCGUCUCAGCUGCUCUCCUCCUUGCCGCCACUGUCUCCGCGGCACCCGCUUCCAAGACUGUCCGCUCAACACCCGACAAGACCGUCACUCUCACCGGUGUAACCCACUCCGUCAACGCCGGUCUCGGUGGUCUCCGCUUCGACCCCGACAACGUUGUCGCUGAAGUCGGCGACGUUGUCGAGUGGCACUUCCUCCCAAAGAACCACACUGUCGCCCAGUCCAGCUUCGGCGAGCCCUGCCAGCCUCUCGCCGACGGCAGCGGUUUCUUCGCCGGCUUCAACUUCCCUACCCAGGAGGGCCAGGCUCCCGAUGUCUUCCAGAUUGUGGUUGAGGACUCCAAGCCUAUCUGGUACUACUGCGCCCAGCAGAUGGGAAACCAUUGCCAGAAUGGCAUGGUCGGUGUGAUCAACCAGAACUUCGACAACCAGGACUUCAGCCUCCGAAGACAUAAGGAGCUUGCUGCUGAGACUGUCAAGUCGGUCAUCCCUCCUGUUCAGCAGGGUGGCAAGGUCAUUCCUAACCCCAACCCCAACGGUGGCUUCUAA